GAGGUUCUUGCUUCAACAGUGAUUGAACGGAACUUUUGAGAACAUUGCAUUUAUAAUUCUUUUUUUACCGUUUUGAUUUAUAAAAACGUUAAAACUCAGCUAAAAUGGAUUCUCAGAUUCGCCAGAACUACGACUGCGACUGCGAGGCUUUGAUCAACAAGAUGGUGAAUUUGGAGCUUUACGCUUCAUACACGUAUACACUUCAAUGGCUCAUUACUUUAAACGGGAUGAUGUCGCCCUUCCUGGUUUUGCCAAGUUCUUCAAGGAGAACAGUGAGGAGGAGCGCGAGCAUGCUGAGAAAUUCUUGGAGUUUCAGAACAAGAGGGGUGGACGCAUUGUCCUUCAGGACAUAAGGAAGCCUGAGCGUGAUGUAUGGGACAAUGGACUAAAAGCGAUGCAGUGCGCUCUGCAGCUGGAAAAGAACGUCAACCAGGCUCUGCUGGAUCUCCAUAAAGUCGCUUCUGGGAGGAAUGACCCUCAUCUGUGUGAUUUCCUGGAGACUCACUACCUGAAUGAGCAGGUUGAGGCCAUUAAGAAGCUUGGUGACCACAUCACCAACCUUUCCAAGAUGGAUGCUGGAAACAACAGAAUGGCAGAGUACCUGUUUGACAAGCACACCCUGGAUGGAGAGAACUAAAUCAUGUCCUGGGCUCUCAAUGCUACAAAGCUCCAUAUAUAUAUCUACAUAUUCUUAAAUCAUCAAGCAAUGUUUGAGAAGCUACCAUCAAGUUUCAUGUCAUAAUGUGAUGCAUUUCUAACUCAUCCGAUAUUUCCUGAUGAAUUUAAGCUUACUUGAUGAAUAAACAUUUUGA